AUGCGUGUUUUUUGGGCAUUUGGGGCCAAUGUUGAAGGGUUCAAGCAUUGCAGACCAAUUAUACAAAUUGAUGGUACAUUCCUAUAUGGAAAAUACAUGGGGAAGCUUUUAAUUGCUACUUCAAUUGAUGGAAAUGGUCAUGUAUUCCCCCUUGUGUUUGCAAUUGUUGAGGAAGAAUCACAGGAUAGUUGGUCUUGGUUUCUUAUUGCAUUGAGGCAUCACGUCACUCAAAGAGAAGGAAUAUGCUUAAUUUCAAAUCGCCAUGCAGGAAUAAAUGUUGCUGUUAGAAAUCCAUCAGUUGGAUGGAGCCCCCCUCAUGCGCAACAUCGAUACUGUCUUAGGCAUGUAGUGAGCAAUUUUAAUGACAAAUUUAAGAAUAAGUUCUUAAAAGAGUUGGCGUAUAGAGCUGGAUGUCAACAUCAACCGCGGAAGUAUGAAAGAUACAUGGAGGAGUUAAAACGAUUGGAUGAAAAAAAUGUGGCUUGGUUUUCAAAGUUAGACACUCAAAAGUGGACUCAAGCAUAUGAUCUAGGAUAUCGGUAUGGGUGGAUGACCACAAAUAUUGCCGAGUGCAUUAAUGGGGUGCUUAAGGGUGCGCGAAUGUUACCUAUCACUACACUUGUUCAAUUAACUUUUUAUCGAUGUGUGUCAUACUUUGAGACUCGUAGAGCAGAGAUACGUGCUAGAAUGGCAGUUGGAGAUGUGUACAUUGUGUAUGCAAUUGAAAAAUUUAGAAGAGCCGAGGCCAAAGCUAGUGGACACACUGUCACCAUUUUCCAUCGAAUUCAUGAAACAUUUGAAGUAAUUACUACUCUCCAUGGGUUUCAUAUGGAUAAAGGACGUAACAAACAAGUGGUUAAGCUUGAUGAAGGUACAUGUAGUUGUAAUAAGUGGCAAUCAUUUGGCAUUCCAUGCUCACAUGUGCAAGCUGUUUCUGCUCAUAUGAGGAUUGAUAGUUGGCAAUUAGUUGAAAAAUACUAUAGGUUGGAUGCCUAUGCCAGUUGUUACGCUCCUGAAUUUAAUCCCAUUCCUCAUGAAUCUUAUUGGUCGUAUCCUGAUUUUUCUAUUCUCCACCCUGACCCAACUUCAAUGAGGGAUAAGGGGUGUCCUAGAUCAUCAAGGAUAAGGAAUGAAAUGGAUUUGAAGGAACCAAGCGUUAGGAUUCGAUGUGGUUUAUGUAAAAUAGUGGGCCAUAAUCGUCGCAACUGUCCCACAAAAGAUGGAGGGCAAUCCUCCAACCCCCUUUCUCAUAACAAUUAA